GCUACUCAGUAGGCAAGUGCCUACACCAGACGAGACUCUUGACGGCAACGCCCUUGCACCUUCCAACCCUCGACAUCGUGAUCGCAUGUUUCCAGCUCGCAACACGCCAUGGCACAACCGCCUCUGAGCACCGGCCUGGGCCCGGCGCAGGGCCAGCCAAUGACUGCACUACCCUAUACUCAUCCGCCGCCUCCUCCUCCCCCGGGUUGGCGGCCGGGACAGCCACCACGCAAGUCCACCAGAAGGCGGACGCGCCGCCGCAGAAGCUCGUCCACAAGCUCGAGUGGUACCUUCUCGUCAGCUUCCACGGGGGUGUCUACGGCAAGCUUGCGUGCCCCCGGGCUCGGUGGGAGUAGCCGUGCUUCAACUCGCUCUUCUUCUCCCGCCGGCAGCUUCCGCGAAGCUGUCGGGGAUGCCGAGGAGAAAGGAACCAAGUUCGUGAAAGGACUUUUGCAGGCCAUAAAAGCACUCGAGUUCCGCGUCAGACAGCUCGAAGGUUCGGAUGGGGCGAAAGACGCCAACGAGGACCAGGUGGUCAAAGAGGACACGCGCGAAAAAGACGUAGUCCUUGACGAUGAGACCUCUGUGCAUCCCAGCGCAGAGACGGUGGCCAAGGGCUUGAGCAGUGCCAGUGCAAAACAGACCCCGGACUUGGGCGGCGACAGCACCCUCGAUCCGAUCAAUACCGGAUCUCAGGAGGGAGAAGUAGGCACAGGAUUGGAUAUUGACCAGUCUGUUCUUCCAAAGCACGAUGAAGAGGCUGUCGUGGAGACCACUGCGGAGGAAGCAGGCACCCAUGAAGCGCCUGCUGCACCAGUCGGCGAGCACAGCAACGACGUGGACGACAAACCCCACGUCAGCGACGAUGGCCCUGCAGCCAAAGAUCGCGGCGAGAAGAUGGAGGAAGCGGAUCAUGAUGAUGCGAAACCACCAUCGUCAUCGAAGAAAGAGCGCUGCAAGUUUGAACUUGAGACGCAGUACUUCUACAGGCGCGAUCCAGAGGCGCUACGCCUGUACGAUUCUGACGACAUCUACCCUCUGCUCCGUGUCAAAUGGGAUGACAUCCAAAACACACCAACCAGCAAUGUUGAGGCUGAGACCCAAUGCCGCGGCGUUCUGCAGGCUGGAGCCGUGGAGGUCUUCGAGAUUAGGAUCGAGUCACCGGUCCUUAAGCCGUACUUUGACAAGCUUGCUGGCGUCACGCCGUCACCCGAAAUGCCCAACAGAGAUGGUGUCGUCGAGCAAGACCACUCGAUUCGCUUUUUCAAACCAUUUCGAUGGCUCAUCCACAGCGUCGAAACGUUUCGCGAGAAGGUGGCUGAGCUCGAGCAGGAGAGCAAGUCUCCCAUGGAACCACUCGUCGUUGAUGCCACUGAGCCGGUGCCUUCUGAAGUCAGUCCUGGUGGCGCUGAGGAGCAUGAUAAGGCUGCCGAAAGCCUUUCAAAUCCGCCGGACGAUGUUACAGCGCCUGAAACUCAAAUUGCCGCGGAACUUUCAUCUACUAGCCACCAACAGGACCAAGGAUCAUCUGUACGAGAAGCUGAUGGUCCUGAACACGAUUUGCACGCACAGCUAGUUCUCCUACUCAAGACAAUGGACGAGUACUUGGCAACGGAGCUCAGCCUUUACCGACAGUACCGCGAGGCGAAGCUACCCCGUAUCCGCUUUGAGAACAUUUGGAUGCUCUUCAAGCCUGACGACGUUAUGUAUACUCCUAGCAGAAGUCCUGGGCCAAAACCACGUCCCGAUAGAGUCGCUCGACCAGGCAACAUCAUCAUCACCAAGACAGGACGACCUGUACCACAGGCAUAUAAAAUUGUUGCAGUUACCGGAGGCCGCCCAGUCGCCAACCCAAAGCCGUUUCAGAGCAAGGCAGCCAACAACACCUGCCUCGAGAUUGUGGUUUAUUACAUGGAUUUUGACGGCCUCAAAUUCAAUAGCGUCACUGACAUCUUUGUGGUGGCACCGUUCGAGGGCGAACGCGAUAUCGUCUUUUUCGAAGGCUUCCCAUUGAACUACGUUCCUAGUUCAGCAUUCAAUCUACGAUCCGAACAGGGCAAGACGGUGGAGGAGAACCUCAGAGCUCGAGGUAUGAGCUUUGUCCGAGUAUGCGAGGUGGCCCAUCGCCUCUAUGAGGGUCUGACUGUAGGACCGACCAAGGAAGAGAUUAACACUGCGGUCAUCAUUGAUUUCGAGCUAGCGUACCAGCAGAUGCAGUCUUUGAUCCCUAGAUUUUCUUUCCCAACGCCGGAGACCUUAGCCACCGGUGUCAUACCUCCGUCACCAGAGCUGCACGAAGCAGUGGCUCGAACACGAUUUGGGCGCGCCGGUGGCGACUGGUAUUGGGCUCACCAGAACAGCCUGGCUGAGAAAUCUAAGAGCGUGUGUAUCGACUUGAUAAACGACUAUCCGGCGAUCGAUGACCCGAAAACGUCACACGAUGAUCUGAUAGAGCAAUUGGACAAGCAAGGACACCUCCUACUCCUACCCGGAGUGGUCUAUGGGUUUGCCUUACGGAACCGCAAAUGGGUUCACUUGGAUGUUCGUCUUGUACAGCCGAUCCAGCUUGAAGCUGAGUGGAACGAUUUGGUGCUGCCAACUGGCCACAAAGAAAUGGUGCGCGCAGUAGUUGAGAACCAUGCGACUGGCUCUCGACCCACAAAGGGAGGCAGCAAGAGCUCUCAGGAGGUUGACAUUGUCCGCGGGAAAGGAAAGGGCUGCAUUAUCCUACUGCAUGGGGAGCCAGGUGUCGGGAAGACUUCGACUGCCGAGUGUGUUGCUUCUUACACCAAGCGGCCUCUCUUUCCCAUCACUUGCGGCGAUAUUGGCUAUGAGCCCAACGAGGUUGAAUCCAACCUGAACAGACACUUCAACCUUGCUCAUAAAUGGGGCUGCGUAAUGCUUCUCGAUGAGGCUGACGUGUUUCUUGCCCGGAGAAGUAGAGAUGACGUCAAGCGGAACGGUCUCGUCUCCGUGUUCCUGCGGGUGCUUGAGUACUAUCCAGGAAUCCUGUUUCUGACAACAAACCGAGUGGGAGCCUUUGACGACGCCUUCCGCUCCCGGAUCCACCUCAGCUUGUACUACCCUAAGCUGGAUCGUCGACAGACUAUUCAGAUCUGGAAGAUGAACCUACGCCGCGUGACUGAGUCCAAUGCCAAGCGUGUACAGGACGGACAGCCGGAACUCAAGGUUCAGCACGACAAGAUUAUUCGCUUUGUCAAGGACCACUGGGAGCAGCUCAACUGGAACGGACGGCAAAUCCGUAACGCCUUCCAGACCGCCAUUGCCCUCUCCGAAUUCGAUGUCCGCGACGUUGCUUCGGCGAUGCAGGCAAGCUCGGCAUCAAGAGCACAGGACUCUGAAAUUGCUGGUCAGACUGGACCGCAGGCUGCCGGCAAAGACGAAGUCGUCGCUGAGCCAGACGGUCCGGCGGCUCCAGACAAUACACAAGAUGUCCCAGCCACCAUCAGCGUAAAGGACGCGAACGGCAAAAAGGCCAAAAGGAAGCAGCCCGUCAUGUCGACCAAGCAGUUCAAGACGAUUGCGCGUGCGAGCAUGCAGUUUGACAACUACCUGUUCCACACGCACGGGCGGAGCGACGAGGCUACCAAUGCCCGCAAGGAGCAGAUCCGCUGGGACUACGAGGUCAAAGAGCACCGCGACGCCGCCAAGUUCAAGGUCGAUCUCGCCUCGAGCUCGACCUCCGAGUCGGGCUCGGACUCGGACUCGGACUCUGCUUCCGGGUCGGGGUCGUCGGCCACAUCGUCGGGUCGUUCAGACGUGGGCUCCAGUUCUGCAUCAGAUGACGACCAGAGCGAUGGGAGUGACGCAGAGAGGGGCUCUGAUGACUCGGAUCUCGAGUCAGAGUCAGACGACAACGACAGAAGAAGGAAAGGCAAGUCGAAGAGCAAGAAGGGAAAGAAGAGUAGCAGCUCGAAGAAACGAGUUUUGGUGAAGGACAAGAGCAAAGAAUCCAAGAGUAGCAGCAGGAAGAAGGACAAGGACAAAUCAGACAGGGGAGCUAGUGGGAAAAAGUCGAAGACGAAGAAGGAUAAGAACUAAAGUAGUUGAUGUCGUGAAAGCAACAUCAAUUUUCAGGAUACAUGACACAAUCAUAUUCUCUUUUGUGGACGUCACCUAGAAUAGCCUCAAUCAGCUCACACUCUAUGACCAGAUGAGGACGGAAGAGGAAUUCAACGAGGCCGACAUCGGCAGGAUAAACACGCGUGCCUUUGCAGUAAAGAGCAGAAUGCUAAUUU